AUGCGAUCGUAUAUUUAUACAUUAACAUAUUUUGGCUUUUUUACGACAAUCCUGAGUCAUUUGACUUUCACCAAUAUAAAGUGCGGAACAAGAGACUCAAAGUUUGUCGAUUUCGAAAAGUGUUACAUCAAGGCAGUGAACCGUUCUCAUAAAUACAUCGAUAUUCACGCAAAGCUGUUCCAAGUUCCCGUAGAUAAUGUCACAGUUAAAUUUGAGUUAUUUCGCAAUAACAACCAUGGAUAUAAGCCCUUUUUCGUAAACGUCACGAUCGAUGCCUGCAAGUUCCUUAAAAACCAAAAAAAUCCGGUUAUGAGAUUGGUUUAUAAUGUGUACAGGAAUAAUACAAACGCCAAUCACACAUGUCCUUUCGAUCACGACUUCAUAAUUGAUCACCUUUGGACUGGGAAUAUAGAAUCGGAUUUCACGAGACUCAUCCCAAUAAUACAUGGCGACUAUGCCUUCUUUACCGAAUGGUCUGUUUACAAUAUUUUUCGGGCGUUUAUAAAUGUUUAUGUAAGAGUUUCAGAUAGGCAGUAA